ACGAGAUAUCCAUUGAAAGCUGGAGGAGUUGGCGGGGGCUGUUGCACAGUGCGAGCUUCUUUUUUUUGGGGGGUGGCAGGCAGUUUGGGAUUCGGUGUGGGGGGCGGUUUUGCCUCUUUGGUUAGAUGUCGCUGGCUCGGUGUGAAGAUAUGAUCUGACUCAGCCCUGAGGACGGUUUGGAGAGAGCUUGGAUGUGCCUGGGCAGGACACCUGACCCUCCCUAGGAUUGCACCCCAACUUUUGCAGGAAGACCACCGACAGAUUAAAGGGGUGAAUCCCCCCCCCCCCCCAUCCCUUCCACUUUGAACAACGCAUUCCCUGGAUCACCUACCUUUUGUAGAUCACCCCCCUCCCCCCUGGACUGCCUCUCCUGGUUCCUUUGACCCCCACAGCCCCCCACUCAUGGAUACUGCAUCAACCUCAACUUUUGAUUCAGAGGAUGGAACACCAAACUACAGACGGAGGAGGACUGUGGAGGAUUUCAAUAAGUUCUGUACGUUUGUGCUGGCAUAUGCAGGAUACAUACCAUACCCAGAAGAGUCUCCUCAGGAGUCCCCUCUUAGAGCUGGCUCCAGCCCUCCAAACAGCACAGGAAGCACCGUAGACAGCGAUAGCUGGGAUUCCAGAUUCCAUGAUGUCUCCUCGGCUGGGGUUUUGCCGAUCAAAAAGCGAAGAAGCUUUGGGGAGCUAAAACAUGACUGCUCCUACCCCUCCAUGCUGAAGCGCUCCAAGCUCAGCAGCUUCCUCUUGGACCGGAAGAAACUGGACAAAAUAAAGAAAAGGAAAAAGAUGAAGAAAAAGGAGCAACAAGUCGCAAAAGAGGAAGAAUACAUGAAAGCCAUCAUAAAAAUAGAGCCAGAGGACUCAUCGCCGGAAGAGAGCAUGCCCGCUCCAGUCCUAGACCAUGCACUGGACCUAAAAAUGGCCCUAAAGCAAGAGACCCCAGACCCAGUAUUUGAGAGUUGUAAUAAUAGUAUGGACAGUGCCUCCAUCACCAUGACCUCUGACGACGCAGAGGAAAUAAAGACCGAGUACUCAGAGGUGAACCUGGGCAAGCGAACGGUCAUACGGCAGGGAAAGCAGGUGGUGUUCCGGGACGAAGACGGCACAGGGAAUGAUGAGGACAUCAUGGUGGAUUCAGAUGACGAAUCUUGGCAUCUUGUCACUUGUUUCUGCAUGAAGCCAUUCGCUGGUCGACCGAUGAUAGAGUGCAACGAAUGCAAUACCUGGAUUCACCUGUCCUGUGCCAAAAUCCGCAAGUCCAAUGUUCCAGAAAUCUACGUUUGCCAAAAGUGCCGAGACACCAAAUUUGACAUCCGACGAUCAAACCGCUCACGUAUGGGAUGUAGGAAGCUGUUCUUGGACUGAA